AUGAAUGAUUCUUCAGGAGAUAAUUGGCUUAAUCCGUUUGAUGACGAGCUUUAUAUCAUCGAUGAGGAUGAUAGUCUGAAUUCUAGCCCUGCCAACGGUUUGAAGCAGGGUGUGAAUGAAGGGGAUAAUGAUGGGGAAAAUUUUGUGGAUGUCGAUGAGAUGUUUGAAACUGGAAAUGACAGUCAAAAAAACUCUGAUGUAGAAGUUAAAGUCAUGAAAAGGAUUACUGAAUUGUCUGCAGACGACAUUAGAGGGAUGGAUUUCUCUUCUGAGGAGGAAGCAUGUGAAUUCUAUUCUAAAUAUGCUCGUAUCCGUGGAUUCUCUCCAAGAAAAGAUAAUGUAUACAAGGAUGAUGAUGGCAAGAUUAUCUCACGACAGGUGGUGUGCAAUAGGGCUGGACAAAGGCAUCAGAAGCAUAUGCAUAAUAGUGGCAGAAGAAAACAACCUAAGCCUAUUACUAGAGUGGGUUGCCUUGCUAGAAUUCAAUUUCGUUGUUUUUCUAGCAGUAAAAGGUGGAAAGUGGUUUUUUUUUGCGAUGAACACAAUCACCCAUUAACACCAUAUAACCAUGUUCAUUUGAUUCCAAAAUUCCGGCAAUUGAGUGAAGGGGACAAAGCUCAAGCAGAAGGUAUGAACCUAUUUGGUGUGAGGACCCGCAAUAUUAUGGAGGUGAUGAUGGGCCAAAAAGGUGGGGCUGAGUCCGUAGGCUUUACCGGCAAGGACUUAGCCAACCACCUAGACAAGCAAAAAAGGAAAAGAGUCAAAGAUGGUGAUGCAGUUGCGGCGCUGUCCUAUUUACAAGGAAAACUUGACAGUGACCCACUAUUUUUCUUCAAGUACAACAAAUCGGAACAAGGUAAUCUCCUUAACUUGCUAUGGUGUGAUGGAACCAGUAGAAUGGAUUAUAACGUGUUUGGAGAUGUGGUUGCCUUUGAUAGCACAUACAAGAAGAACAAGUAUAACAAACCUCUUGUGAUUUUUUGUGGAUACAACCACCACAAGCAAACAACUAUCUUUGCUGCUGCACUUGUUCAUGAUGAGAAAACUGAGACUUUCAUAUGGGUUUUGGAAACCUUGACUGAAGCAAUGUUUAACAGGCAUCCUAAGGUGGCGGUUACAGAUGGAGAUCUAGCAAUGAAGGAAGCUAUUAGAGUUGUGUGGCCGAAUACCACGCAUCGUCAAUGUGCAUGGCACAUUCACCAGAAUGCUUUGAAAAAUAUUAGAAAUCUUGAUUUUGCAGAUGAAUUCAAGUUAUUUGUGUACGCUAACUUAAACCCUGACAAGUUUGGAGAGAAGUGGGAUAAACUGGUUGAGAAAUAUGGUAUAGCCAACAAUCCACGGAUUGAUACGAUGUAUGAGACAAGAGCUUCUUGGGCAAGCACCUUCAUGCAAGACAAAUUUUUUGCCGGUAUUAGGACGACAUCCUUAUGUGAAGGUAUUAACUCAUUCAUAAAGAAUUAUCUGCAUUGUAAGUGUUCUUUGUUGGAUUUUCUUUUCAAUUUUGAGCGGGCUAUGAAGAAAUACAGGCACAAUGAGUUGGAAUCUGAUUUUAAGUCUUCUUAUGGUGAGCCUGUUAUGACAACUGCACUUAGUGGUAUUGAGUAUGGAGCUGCCAAAAUAUUAACAAGGAAAAUGUUUUGGGAAGUCAAGGGUCAAAUUGAAGAUGCCCUGGGGCUAAAUGUGGAGCGUUCUGAGGUGGCCAAUAUUGUGAUGAUGAAAAUGAGAAAAAUUAGCAAUCGCAGAAAAGAAUAUAUUGUUGUUUAUGAUAAGAACCAGAAAAAGUUUGUAUGUGAAUGUGGUUAUUUUGAGUUUUAUGGCAUCCCUUGUUCUCAUAUAAUAGCUGGGAUGAGAAGUGAGUAUAUUGAUGAAUUUCCAAGCAAUCUAGUUUCUAAGAGGUGGUUGAAAACAGCCAAGUCUGCUCAUGUGUAUUCAAUUUCAGAGCCUAGUAUUCAUUCACAGAAUAUGAAAUUGUUGCGAAAAGGAGCUAUGUCUGCCGCAUGCAACUAUCUCGCAGAAAUAGCAUGCGAAAAGGAUGAUGAUUUUUCAAGUGUAAUGGAAGACAUUUAUAAGCUGUUGAGGGAUGUUCAGAAGAGUCGCAAACCGGGUUGUACAACAAAGAGUGCAGCCUUUAAUGUGGGUGAUCCAACUGUUGUACAGGGUAGAGGUGCCCCCAAGAAGACCAGAACUGUCACCAAGAGAAGGCAUUGCUCAAAUUGCAGGGGUAUUGGACACACGAUUCGUACGUGCCCGGUUUUGCUUUAUCCUGAUCAAGUCAAUAACAGUGAAACAGGUGAAUCUGCAAGUGAAGGAAUUGAGGACAGCACAGACGACGAGACAAACGUUGGCAGCGUAGAUCGGCAAAAUAAUGGGGCUUCGGUGGCAAGUAAACUUAAAUCGCAGCAACGGAAGCAGGGAAAUGACUCCUCAUCCACCCAAGUAUCUAACAAGCGUUCAAAUCAGAACACGGUGUCGACAAAACAAAAUAAGCGUAAAUCUAAGCAGCGAGAAGUCCCAGUCAUGAUUCAUUCAAGCCAAGUAUCUGUGAAUGAAGUGACUCAGAGUUCACCGAAUAAUGCAGGUCGCGGUGAUGUGGAUAACAACAGAGUUACUUUGUUGCCCCAGCAUCCACAGGAAAUACCUUUGACCCAAGAAUCUAUGAAUCAGGUACAGGUUUAUAACAUGGAGCCUAUUGUACAACAAGUCCACUAUCCUGUUGUUCGUGCUUCAGCUGGACUUCCAUUUUUGCAACCUACUUAUGCCGUGAAUAUGACUAAUGGAGUUCAGGUGUUUCCACAGUUUAUACAGCACCAAAACGUCCAGGUUCCUUACCAAGGAGUUCAGAUGCAAACGCUUUUUCAAGCUGGACCUUCUGGCUUACUCCCGACAUUCUCAUCGACGUUGGCGGCAGUCGAUAGGAGACACAAUAGAAAUUCAAGUUUAGGAAAUAAUUGA